AUGAACAUGAAUAGUACCAGAUUUGGUUUUUCUCUUUUCUUCUUCAUUAUUAUUUCUGAAAGCAUGUUUUUGGGCAUGGCACAAAACACGACAGUCCCAGUUGAUGUGGGUGUGGUUCUUGACAUGGGUACAUGGAAUGCGAAGAUGGGGUGGAGUUGCAUAAAUAUGGCUCUUUCUCACUUCUAUGCUUCUCAUACUUACUACAAAACUAGGCUGAGGCUUAACAUCAGGGACUCCAAACGUGAUGUUGUUGGAGCAGCUGCUGCAGCUCUAUACCUGAUAAAAAAUGGAAAAGCGCAAGCCAUCAUAGGGCCACAAAACUCGAUGCAGGCCAAAUUUGUCAUCGAUCUAGGGAAGAAAGCUCAAGUGCCCAUCAUAUCAUUUUCAGCAACAAGCCCUUCUAUUACUUCCCUUCGGAGUCAAUACUUUUUUCAAAUUUCUCAAAAUGACUCACCUCAAGUGAAAGCUAUAAGUGCAAUUAUUCAAGCUUUUGGAUGGAGAGAAGUUGUGCCAAUCUAUAUAGACAAUACUUAUGGGAAAGGUAUAAUACCCUACUUGAUUGAUGCCUUGCAAGAGAUUGAUGCUCGUGUCCCCUAUCAAAGUUUCAUUCCUCCAUCAGCCACAGAUGACCAGCUUGGUCAAGAACUUUACAAGUUGAUGACGAUGCAAACAAGAGUCUUCAUUGUGCACAUGUCACGCAAUCUGAGUUUUCGACUUUUCAUCAAGGCAAAAGAGAUUGGAAUGAUGAGAAAAGGUUAUGUAUGGAUCAUUACCAACGGGAUAAGCAAUUCAUUUAGUUCGAUAGAUGCUUCAAUCAUAGACUCAAUGCAAGGGGUAUUGGGUAUAAAGACUUAUGUUCCAAAAACAAGAGAGCUUGAAAAUUUUACUAUUCAAUGGAAAAGGAAAUUCCAACAUGAUAAUCCAAACAUCACCAACGCUAAACUCAGUGUUGUUGGCCUAUGGGCUUAUGAUGCUGCUUUCGCACUUGCUAGGGCAGUCGAGGAAGUUGGGUUCACAAAUAUUGGCUUUAAAAAGACAAAUGCUUCAAGUAACUUAACUGAGCUCGAAACUAUUAGGGUCUCUCAAAAUGGCCCGAAAUUGCGCGAAGCAUUAUUGGGUGUAAGAUUUACAGGACUUGCUGGAGACUUCAGUCUAGUUAAUGGGCAACUACGAUCAUCUACUUUUGAGAUAAUUAAUGUGAAUGGUAAUGGAGAAAGGAAAAUUGCAUUCUGGACUCCAGAGAAUGGAUUGGUAAGGAAAUUAAAUUUGGCGAACACGAGCACAUAUUCCACUUCAAAGAAUAAUCUAGGACCUAUUAUAUGGCCAGGUGAUUCAAGCUCUGUCCCUAAAGGUUGGGAGAUUCCAACAAAUGGAAAAAAGCUGCGAAUAGGAGUUCCGAAUCAUGGUUUUAGAGAAUUUGUUAAGGUGACACCUGAUCCUAACACUAACACAACAAAGGUCACUGGGUACUGCAUAGACGUCUUCAAUGCUGUAAUGGAAACAUUGCCAUACACUGUUAGUUACGAGUUCAUUCCCUUCGCAAAGCCAGAUGGUGGAAGUGCCGGUAGUUAUAAUGAUUUGGUCUACCAAGUAUUUCUUGGGAACUUUGACGCUGUGGUAGGAGAUACAACGAUCAUAGCGAAUAGGUCUAACUUUGUUGACUUCACAUUGCCAUACACAGAAUCUGGAGUAUCAAUGGUCGUGCCAAUCAAAGAUAGUAGACCAAAAAACCCAUGGGUGUUCUUGAAGCCUUUAAGUUGGGACCUUUGGAUGACAAGCGGUUUUUUCUUUGUCUUCAUAGGCUUUGUGUUAUGGGUUCUUGAACAUCGAAUAAAUGAUGAUUUUCGUGGGCCUCCCUCACAUCAAUUUGGGACAAGCUUAUGGUACAGCUUCUCCACCAUGGUUUUCGCACAUCUAUGA